AUGACAGACGAAUUGCCAAUAGGCCCGAAACGGGCUUCAAACCCGGAUAAACCCAUGUCGUCUCGACUGAUGACCAUGAAGUUCAUGCAGCGUGCUGCAGCAACGGCGGCUGAAAAAGAACCCCAGACACCAGGAUCGGAUGAAAAUGUGCCGAAAGCCAAGCGCCCGCGACUGUCGACAGAGGCUAGCAGCCCUGGGACUCCGCAGUCUGAGCUCGAUGCCAUCUCAGCGGCGCUGAAAGCAGAGGAAGACAAGCGACGAGAUAUCGUUACGCGCCAAGCGGCAGAGGCUGGCGACUCAGAAUGGGUGCUCGAGGACCCGUUUGUCAAUGCUUACCCUACGCAGCCCAACGUGGUGGCAGCCGACUCGCUUGAUGCGCCCGAUGAUGCCCCUGUGGGCGGUCGUCGCUCAUUUGGCAACUUCAAGGGAAAGAAGACUGUCGAGCAGACAUCCGCUUCACAAUCCAAAGAUGAUGAUGAUGACGACGACGAUGAUGAGGAUGAACUUGUCAACCCGGCCAAUUCCGAGCAGGUCAUGGAGAUCAUGGAGAGAAAGCGAGCCAAGAUGUUAGAAAAAGCCACGAGGCAAGCUAAGCAAGAGCGGAAAAGAAACCCUGACAACAUCAAGCAUUUGACAAGUAUUUCUGGCGGACGCCCACAGCCGAAAGAUAUGCCGUCGAAGAAAAAGAACAAGAAGAAGCGCAAGAGUGAGUCAUGA